AUGGCAAUCGAUCCGAAUGAGGGUGAAUCAGCCGUGAAGGCCAUCACCCACAAGGACAGGCGAAGCCAACAGAACGGUCGCGGACGUGGCGGCAAAGGUGCAGGCCAAUACAAUCCGCAGAAAAGGCCGCAAGGCAAUCGCAGUAGCAUUCGCAAGCCAGUCCUUGCACUCUGCAAGGUGACCCGCGCUGAUGGCGCCGUGGAGGUCACCGAGACAUUGAAGGCAGCGCUCCUUGAAGCGGAGAGGGCCAACGAGCCGGUGGAUGGCGGGCUGCUGGGAAUGGCCGCAGCUCAGGCCGGCCGGCUUGGGCUGAAAGAUCUACUGGCUACGCUUUGCGCCUACUCCUGGCCAAGGCUCAACUCCUGCGGCGGCCGCGAGGUCGCUGAGUUGGCAGCCGCGGCUAGCAAAUGCGGCUGUGACGACGAGAGGUUCUUCUACUUCGUGGCGACUUAUUGCAGCCAGAAUCCGAAUGCUUUCACCUGCCUGCGGGACGUGGCCCUCGUCGCUGCUGCUCUCACGAGAAAGCUGGACUCACAGGUGAAUUUGGGAGCUGCUUUUCACGGGCUGUCCACUGUGGCGCUGCACCACCUGCGGGGCACGCUGACGGGACAGCCGAUCCGGGACAUCGCUGAGUUCUUCUACUCGCUGAUGAAUGUGUUGGGUCUGCCAAACAACGCCAGCCUCUGCGCUGCAGACAUGGUGAGUGAAGUCAUCCUGGCCAUUGCCUCUGCC